CCUGCUUCCCCCACCCCACCAGGAUGUCGUGUGAGGAGGCUCAGCUCCACAAAGAGAGGCUGCAGGCCUUGGCGGAGAAGCGAAAAUGGCAAGCCGAGAUUGAAGACAGGAGAAGCCAGCUCGAUGACCUGGUGCUGCAACUACAGCAUAUCAAGUCCAAAGCCAUGCGUGAGCGAUGGCUCCUCCAGGGAAUCGGAGUGGAGGAAGAGGAGGUGCGGCGGAAACAGCUGGAGCAGGAUGAAGAGCAAGGGAGGAGGCUGGAAGACUUAAUGCACAGGCUGGAGUUUGAAAUCGUCACUCUGGAGAACGAGGAGUCUCAGAUAUCCGCCAAAGAGCAGGUUCUACGGGAGCGUCUGAAAGAGACGGAGCGCUCGAUAGAAGACCUGCAGAAGAGUCUGAUGACCCAUGAUGGAGAUGCCACCGGCUGCAUGUCCGCCCCGCUCUCGGACUGCACGGACCCCGAUCCUGAUCACGUCGUCCUGGCCACGCAGCCCAGGACCGGCCCACCUGCCACAGCAAGACCUGCAUUGUUUGCCAUGGAGAUCAACGUGCAGCAUGACCCGCUGACCGGCGAGCAGCGCGUCCUGUCAGCCAACCGCGUGAGCCCGCUGGAUGCGGCGUCGCGCGGCGUCAAAGUCUACGACGAUGGCCGAAAAGUGGUCUACGAGGUCACAUCCUCUGGGGGCGUGUCCACCAGCACCAUGGAGAACGGUUGGAGCUCCACGCAGGUGGAGCAGCUGAUCCAGCGGGCUGCAAGACCUGGCGUGCAAGCAGGAGAUGGCAGCCAGGGUCAGGUGAUGGUGACCCCGGCUGCCCCGCAGGCUUAUGUCUGCGGGGCAGAUGAUGACCUGUCUCCGCCCUCCUGCGCCCCACCAUCCGUUCCUUCAAGCCCACCAGCCCAGGUCAUCCUCCAGAGGGAGACCCGGCUUGGCAUGAUGCCCCCCUCUGCUCCCAUCACAACCCAGCCCGGCUCCUCAGCCCACCCGGGCGGCGAGCUCAACUCCCAGCCGCAGGCCAGCGUGGAGCACCCGAUCACCAUGGUGUUCCUCGGCUACCAGGACAUUGAAGACACGAGCGAGAGCAGGCGGCUGCUCGGGUUCGACGGCGCCGUGAAGGCCGAGGUGGUCCUGAUCGACGAAGACGACGAGAAAUCGCUGAGGGAGAAGACGGUCGCUGACCUCUCCAUCGUCGAUGGCACGGCGGCCGACCUCGUGUCGGGGCGGCCGGCCACAUCCGAGGCCGUCAGCACGGAACUGUCAUCCGAUGGCCGCGAGCCUGACAGCACCUCCUCGCCCCCCGCCAAUCCCGACGCCAACACGGCCCCCCCGCCCGGCCUCACCCCCGCCACAGGUACAGACAAGAGGAAACGCUGCGAGUGCUGCGUCCUCAUGUGA